AUGGCCGACGCUUCAAAUGCUGGCUGUGUGGCCUAUCCCGAAACGAAAGCGGGGGGUCCCGUCGUUGAUAACAUCAAAUCCGAAGCAUCCCGUACCGGACAGGAAUUUCGCGAAUUGAGGAACACCCGGUCGACAACUCCGGUGACCACUGCGACCGGUCAACCCCUGACCCACUACCACUCCCUGCUGUACAGCCUUUUGAGCUGGGAGCAACCCCGAGCCACCGCCGCCUCUUUUGCGACCGUCGUCACCUUCAUCUUUGCCGCCCGUUACGUGCCUCUCCUCCGCUGGUUCUUCAAAUUCACCUAUGUGGCUUUGGGAUUCACCGCUGCCGCCGAAAUUGGUGGUCGAAUUCUGUUUCAGCAAGGCCUCGUCAAGAACUUCCGCCCCCGCAAAUACUACACCGUUCCUAAGGAGACUCUUGAAGGAGUGAUGGAGGAUAUCGAACAGCUUCUUGACUUUGUCCUGCUCGAGUUCCAGCGCAUCUUGUUUGCUGAAAACAUUGUUCACACCGUUGCGGCUUUCUUUGCCGCCUUCUCCGCCUACUGGCUGAUCAAGUUCUUGCCGUUCUGGGGACUGUCGCUUCUUGCCGCCACUAUCGCUUACAUCGGACCCUUGGUCUACAUGAACAACCGUGAAGUUAUCGAUGCGCAGAUUGAGCACGUCCAGGGCAUCGUGGAGUCCCAUGCCCAUCAACUGAAGGAUCUGGCCGAAGAGCGGGCUUUUCGCGCAACGGGCAUUGUCCAGCAGUAUGUGACUGACUGCAGCGUCAAGGCGCAGGGGCUUCUUCCCGGCCAGCGUCGUUCUGUGUCCCCGGAGGUCGCCAAGGUUGCCCCUGUUGCCCCUGUUGCCCCUACUCCCGUUAUCAAGAAGGAGCCCGAGCCCGAGCCCGCUUUCACCUCUUCCGACUUCCCUGAGGCCCCCAAGACCGAGCCAGUGGCGGAAUCCAUCGAGCAGCCCAUCGAGCAGCCCCCCCAGUAUGCGGAGAAGGAACCUCUUGUGGCGGCGUAA